ACCUGACGAUCGGACUGCCUUCCCUUUUCCUGGCCCUGUCCUCACCCUUCUCGCUUCCGUUUUGUGUAUGCUGUCCGGUGCAUCAUCGCUGCUUGAAUAGCGUUCUGUGUCCGUUGCACUUCCUUUCGUCCUUUCUCGUUUUUCGCCCUCUCAGCACAGUUGCAAAUGUCGAUCCUACGCAUCGCCUUCAGGGUGAGCAGGGCAUGCUCCUCCAUGUCUACCCGCACAUUCUCCGUCCAGUCAAUUGCACGAAGCGCUGCCGAACCCGUCUACAAGGCCCCUGCCCUGGGCGUUAACAAGACGUACGAUGAAGCCCUGAAAAUCAUUGCGGAGGAUAGGAUCAAGCGCCUUGCCGAGGUUAAGAAGAUGGAAGCAUCGCUGGCGGAGCUGCUCAAAGCUUCUCCUUCAGUCGCAAGGGACGCCGAGAUUGCACAGCUUAAGGACAACAUCUUUAGCCAGGAGGCAUAUGCCGAGAUCAACGACCCUGAAAUCCAGUGGCGGUUCAAGCAUGGACAGAUCGACAUGUCCAAGGCUGUCUUCCGGUACAUGCAGAGCAAGCAGUUUCAACGUGAGACUUUGCCUGUGAUCCAACAGCGCAUCUCCCAGAUGUUUGUUACGCCCGAUCUGUUGCCGUCGUUUACGCCAUCGCUCAACGUUCAAUUGGAUUUCGGUCCAGGAUCUUCGCCAUCGGCUUCUACUAACAACUACUUCGAGACUGGAUCAUAUCUACUUCCUGGAAAGACUAUCAAAGAGCCCAAGGUUAAUGUCACCUCAUUCCACUCGGAGCAAAAGUACUACACCGUUGCAUUGAUUGACCCAGACAUGCCUGAUGUCGAGAACGAGACUUUCAAACAGCAGUUGCACUGGUUGAUGACUAAUGUUCCGCUGUCGGCAACACAGAUGGAGGUGAGCGCAGGAAACGCAGAUGUUAUUCUGCCAUACCUUCCCCCUCAUCCACCCAAGGGCACGAGAUACCAUCGCUAUACACUUUUGCUGGCCGAGCAACCCAACGGAGGUCAGGACAAGGUUCAAAUUGCUCAGAGUGAUAUUUCAAGAGAGACGACGCUUCGGGAACUUUGCUCACAAUAUGGACUCAAUGUCAAGGGCCUGACCUUCUUCCGCCAGGUCUGGGAUAAGGAUGUUAGCAGGAUCUACACUGAUGUUCUUAAGCAGAGCGAGCCGACUUAUGGCAAACAGCCCAAGGUCGAUGAACUUUUGGACGAGACAGGACAGAAGAAGAAGAAAUAUGUCAAUCUGUAAAGGAGGAGCGAUCUGUGAGCCAACGACACAUAGCCCCCUCCGUUUGGAACAUAGGAUGCACCUUCUUUUUGCUGCUGGGCUGCAGAGAGCUGCAGUGUUGUGGAGUUUACUUUUUUCCAUCAUUUUUCAUCGCGUACAACAAAAAAUAAAACCAUAGACAUUUGAUAAAUAUAAAUCUUGAG